CCUGGAAAACCAGAAACCUGCAAUUGUUACUUCCGUGUUAUAAACUUGAAUCAAUCAAUUAAUCAAUCUUCUUUCAUCCCUAAUCAGUUAGGUGCAGCAACUGUAAUGUUUAUGCAUCAAAGUUGAAUAUGAUGAUGUCUUUGAAACGCUUACAAUUAGUUCGAACACUCUAUCGUUCAUCUCAGAUUCGAGAAGAUUCUUCAUCGUAUCUGCUUGGUAGCUGUAGGAGCUAUUCAAAUGCUUUAUCAAAUGGUUCUCACGGUAGUUUUAAGAGCUUCCAUCCUCAUUUGUUUAAAAGCAACGAUGGAUUUUCAUUUUCCUUGGAUAGUGUUAAAACUUUGACACUUCGAUCUACAAUGGCUGCCGAGUUGUCCAUUAUCAUGAACCAUAGAAGGAUGGAAACUACUAUAGCCAAAGCCCCCUCUGCACAAGCGCGCCUUGUGGGAACACAAAUAGCCAUGCCAAGUCCUGGAUUUAUCUAUGAACCGUACAAACCUCGUGAGAAAAUCCCAUUUUGGCAAAGGUGGUUCACUAGAAGUGGUUGGAGAAGAACGAAAAACGACAUAAUUAUAGAGCUCAAAAGUGCUUAUGCCAUUGCAAAGUUGAGAAAGACAGGAUAUUCAAAGAAUCAGUUCUACAAAGAGGCUCUCAAUAUGUACAAGGAGAUAAACACACUUAUAGCUAAUGGUGACAAAAAGUUAUUAAGGAAAGCAGUUACUGAGAAGAUGUUUUCUACACUUAAGAAUGAAAUUAAACAAAGAGAAACUGCAUGGAGCGGGGUUUAUUGGGAAAUGGUUGAGCCUGUUGUUAUGAUAAGAACUCUGCGUGCUCGUAUGAUUGGUGUUGACCGCAAAGACCUCAGUAAAGUAUUUUAUCAACUCACUCUUGAGAUUUUGGCUAAACAAAAAUUUGAAGCAUAUGACUCAAAAGGUUCUGUUGUUGCUGGAGAUAAAAACAAGGAGGUUCUUGUCCGUGAUAUAUGGGUAUUUGAGAAGUCUACGUUUCACCCUGGAGCACACUGGCGUCUUUGUGGACGGAUAUCUCCAAAAGCAUCGUAGCUACCUUCAUGAAAGAAGAGACCAAAGUUUAUGAGAGUUAUAUCUGUUCAUAUUGUAACUUAUUACUGUUGAGCUGAUUUGCCACAGUAACCUUUUACUUGGUUCCUUUAAAGGCAAAUUCAUCUUAGAAGAGUUUUGUUUUAGGAAUAAAAUCAAAGAUGGUGUAAACCUAUCCAAAUUUUAUUCUUUGAAUUCAUUUGGAGAUUUUCCCCCUUC